AUGGAGCAGGGUGCUUUGAUCAGGGAUCCGGGUCUUAUAAUGGGCAACACAAUCAGCGACAGAAGUGGGAAGGUUGGGGGAAAGGAUUCAGCAGAGUUCAAAGGCAGCUUCCAAAAAUCAGACCAAUCAACUUUAUUUGCACCAAGACACAAAAAUAAACGUUUCAUAAAAAGCACAGCGGGAGAACCAUCCAUACCUAUGGUGAAAGUCGGCUUGGUAGUGUGGCCAUCUCCAAUUUCGGCUGAAAAAAAUAAAGUGCAGUUAUAUUAUUGCUUGCGUAUUUGCAUACAAUAUUCGCACAUGUUGUAAGUAGGUGGUUGGUUGCGACUUGAAAUUUUUAGAAUAAAUUUGCCCUGAUAAAAUUUUCGUUAACAAACGGAAUUUUCUUUUCUUUUUUUUCAUGAGAGAGAGCACGCAAAAUGAGAGGUAGUCAGAGAAAAAGAAAAUCAAAGUUACCCCAGUCGAAAUCCUCCGAUUUUAUAGGGACCACGGCAAAUGAGAGAUCGUCAGAGAAAACGGAAUCGCGAGUUACCCCAGUCAAACUAAUACGGCGAAAAUGCGGAUAUAGUGUGGAAAUUCUUCUUUCGUCGGCUUCCUUGUGAAGUCCUGGCCACAACAACAUCGGAAGACGGAAGACCCGUGGAACCUGGACCCAAAGACCGCCUGCCCCCGACGGACCCAAGUGACCCGGCCACCCUCGACGAAACUCACCCUGGACCCAUGGAACCAGACUACCGACGAAGUUACUUGGAAAUCGUUUAUUGGGAGCCGUUGAACCACCCAGUGCCUACAUACCGGCCGACGUUCACCAUUAUCUGCGAGAUGCCGGCCGCCGAUUGUCUACCCCUGAAGGGUGCCGUUCUCCCUCGACGAAGUAUCUUGGAAAUCGUGUAUUGGGUGCCGUGGAGACGUCCAGUUGUUGUCGGAGGGCGUCCGGGCUGCCUACCGGGCGUUUCGAGGAUGCUGCAACUGGAAGCCGCCAGUUCAGGGGCAGCUGCCGUGGCUGGCUGUUGUGGCCUAAUUUUUGAAUGGCCGAGCCUUCGGGUUCGGCCUGAUAAAAGCGAGAACUUAGGGUAG